AUGACUUUGAUGAAGUUUCCUCUCAUGGGGCUGCUUUUUCUCCUAACCAUCGUUGUCUCUCCGGCAACAGCCGAUGGGCCUGUCUGCCCGCCAACGUCCAAAUUAAGCCGGGCAAGUUUCCCUGAAGGAUUUUUAUUUGGCACUGCUACUGCGGCAUAUCAGGUUGAAGGUGCAGUGAAUGAGACUUGUCGUGGACCAGCCUUAUGGGAUAUCUACUGUAAGAGAUAUCCAGGGAGAUGUAAUAACGAUAAUGGCGAUGUGGCCGUUGAUUUCUUCCAUCGUUAUAAGGAAGAUAUUCAACUGAUGAAGAAUUUGAACACAGACGCAUUCAGGCUCUCUAUCGCGUGGCCAAGAAUAUUCCCUCAUGGGAGAAAGGAGAAAGGAGUGAGCCAAGCUGGUGUGCAAUUCUACCACGACCUCAUCGACGAGCUCCUAAGAAAUGGUAUUAUUCCGUUCGUGACUGUUUUCCACUGGGACACGCCACAAGAUCUAGAAGACGAAUAUGGCGGUUUUUUAAGCGAAAAGAUUGUGAAGGAUUUCCGGGAGUAUGCAGAUUUUGUUUUCCAAGAAUACGGUGGAAAAGUGAAACACUGGAUCACAUUCAAUGAGCCAUGGGUUUUCGCUCAUGCCGGUUAUGACGUAGGCAAGAAAGCACCAGGACGUUGCUCUACUUACGUUAAUCCUGAGUGCCAAGACGGACGAUCAGGCUAUGAAGCUUAUCUCGUUAGUCAUAACCUCCUCAACUCUCACGCAGAAGCCGUUGAAGCUUUCAGAAAAUGCCAAAAGUGUAAAGGUGGGAAGAUCGGGAUCGCACAUAGUCCAGCUUGGUUCGAACCACAUGACUUUGAUGAUUCACAAGAUGGUGCAUCCAUUGACCGUGCACUUGACUUUAUGAUGGGAUGGCAUUUAGAUACUACUACAUUUGGAGAUUAUCCACAAAAAAUGAAAGAAAUUGUUGGACACAGAUUGCCUAAAUUUACUGAUGUGCAAAAAGCAAAAUUGAAAGGUUCGACUGAUUUCGUAGGACUCAACUACUACACGUCGGUGUUUUCAAACCAUAUGGAGAAGCCAGAUUAUUCCAAACCAAGAUGGAUGCAAGAUUCUCUUAUAUCAUGGGAAACUAAGAAUGCACAAAACUACAGCAUUGGUAGCAGGCCCUUUACCGCUGCAUUGGAGGUUUACUCCAGAGGCUUCAGAAGUCUUUUGAAAUACAUCAAGGAUAAAUAUGCAAACCCAGAAAUUAUGAUUAUGGAAAAUGGAUAUGGAGAAAAACUUGGUGACACAGAUUCGGUUAAAAAUGGUACUGCUGAUCAUAAUAGAAAAUACUACCUCCAAAGGCAUCUGUUGAGUAUGCAAGAAGCUAUUUGCAUCGACAAAGUAAAUGUUACAGGAUACUUUGUAUGGUCAUUGUUGGAUAACUUCGAGUGGCAAGAUGGUUACAAGAACAGAUUUGGACUCUAUUACAUUGAUUUCAAAAAUAACCUCACACGUCAUGAGAAAGAAUCCGGAAAGUAUUAUAAACAAUUUCUAAGUGAAGGGACCCGUCCUUCCACGAUCAAGAGAGAUGAGCUUUGAGCUAUAUAUUUGGAGAGGUUGGUUUGGUUUCAAUGUUUGUUUCUUAUGUUUUAGUUUGUGAUUGACCAAG